AUGCUCUCAACCUGCUUUAUUCAUCUAAAAACACAACCUUUGUGGAUAAUUCUUCUCUCUCUUCUAGGUUUUCUCUCUAUCAUCAAGAACACCAUUUUCCUUCUCAAAUGGAUCUUCAUAACAUUUUUCAGAAAACCCAAAAAUCUCAAGAGCUAUGGAUCAUGGGCACUCAUCACUGGCUCAACUGAUGGCAUAGGCAAAGCUUUUGCUUUCCAGCUUGCCAAAAAAGGUCUAAACCUAAUACUAGUAAGCAGAAACUUGAGCAAACUCAAAAAUGUGAGUAAUGAAAUUCAAGCCAAAUAUCCCAAUACACUGACCAAGAUUUUCCAAAUCGACUUUUCGGGCCCAAAUAUUUCAGAUGGGAUUCUUGAAAUGAAAGAGGACAUUAAGGGUUUGGAUGUUGGGGUUUUAAUCAAUAAUGUUGGAAUUACAUAUCCAUCAGCAAUGUUUUUUCAUGAAGUGGAUGAAGAAAUUUGGAUGAAUUUAGUGAGAGUUAAUGUGAAGGGUACAAGUUUGAUAACAAGAGGUAUUAUAGAAGAAAUGGUUGCAAGGAAGAAAGGUGCAAUUGUUAAUAUUGGUUCUGGUGCUUCCAUUGUUGUACCUUCUCAUCCUCUUUAUGCCAUCUAUGCUGCUACCAAAGCGUACAUUGAUCAGUUGUCCAGAUGCUUGUACGUGGAAUACAAACACUACGGCAUAGAUGUCCAAUGUCAGGUGCCAUUAUAUGUAUCAACCAAAAUGGCUUCAAAGGUUGCAUUUGUAGAGAAACCAUCAAUUUUCAUACCAUCAGCCGGAAAAUAUGUGGAAAGUGCAAUUAAGAGUAUAGGAUAUGAAGCACGAUGUACACCAUACUGGGGACAUUCAAUUCAAUGGUGGUUUGCCUCCAUUUUGCCUAAUGCUGUUCUUGAUGCAUGGCGACUAUCCACUGGAAUCCAUAGACGAAUGGGAUAA